GUGUGCUUGACUUAUGCCGAUAAAUUUGAUCAUAGUUCAGUCCCUUAAUAACCAUUGCAUGUUAAUUUUUUAUGUACACUUAACUACAACUACCUUACACAUAUUUUAAGAAUGUUGGAUCUCAUACUACGAUUUUUUUUACACUCUGUUAUGAAUUAGUAAUAUUCUAGACAAUUUUAAUAUUGAUUUAUAAAUAAUUGUAUUUUUUCAAAUCUUAAAAUGGUUAAUUAUUAUGAAAACAAUAACGAUGUUAGUGAUUCAGAAUCAGUUUCUAGUUCAUCAUCUGCAAAUAGCAGUAAUCAAUCAUCUAGGUCAGCUUCUUCAGUAAGAGCUGCUCAUACUCCAUCAGGAUCUGAACCAGCUUCUCCUGCAUCAAGGUCUCGAUCUAGGAGUGCAUCUGGUUCAGCUUCAGCAUCAAAAAGUCCUUCGAAGUCUCCUGCUGGUUCUCGUUCUCCAUCUCCAGGCAGUAGAUCCUCUAGUGCUGCUUCAGCUGCAUCAAGGGGUUCUGCUGCAUCAGCUCACUCUGCUACAUCAGCUCACUCUGCUACAUCAGAACAUUCUGCUGCAUCAGCAUCAGCACGAUCUGCAUCUCCUACAGGCUCAGUAGCAUCUAAUCAAUCAGUGGCAAGUGGAAAAAGUGAUACAUCCCAUGCAAGCCAUUCUACUAAUCACAGUAGAGCUUCAUCUAAAAGUAAUAAAUCAAAAUCAAGUAGUACAAGUCCAAAAAGUGUUACAUCAAAAAAAUCGCAAUCAACAUCUCCAGAUAUAGCAAAAUCACAAGACGCUGAGUCUGAUGAUAGUGAUGGUUCUAUGAUUGGUAGGAAAAAACGUCAACCAAUACGAAAAAGUUCUAGUGUUUCUGGUGACGAAUCCUCAGAUAAGGAAGAAAAAGCAAAACAAAGUGGUUCUGAAGCUUCAGAAAAAUCACCUAAAGAAAAUGACUUAUUUGGUGAAGCUGAUGAUAUAAGUUCUGAUGAAGAAGUUAAGACACCUAGACCAAUAAGUGAUGAUGAAGUAGAUCGGGAUAAAAGUGAUAAUGAUGAUAAAAGAAGUGGUGCUGAUGAUGAUGAUGAAGUUAAUGAUAAAGAGGAGAAAGAAAAAGAAGUCGAAGAACCAAUUCCAGAAAGAAGAAUUGCUGUUGAAAUACCUAAAAUAUCUGUUGAUCUUGGAAGUGAUUUACACUUUGUAAAAUUACCCAACUUUUUGUCAGUCGAAACUAGACCAUAUGAUCGAGAAACUUAUGAAGAUGAAAUUGAUGAAGAAGAAACCUUGGAUGAAGAAGGACGAGCAAGGGUAAAAUUGAAAGUAGAAAAUACCAUAAGAUGGCGUGAAGUGUUUGCUAAGGAUGGAAGUUUAGUUAAAGAAAGUAAUACCAGAGUAAUUAAAUGGUCUGAUGGUAGUAUGUCAUUACAUUUGGGCUCUGAAAUUUUUGAUGUUUAUAAACAACCAUUAGUGGGAGACCAUAAUCAUUUAUUUAUUCGCCAAGGAACAGGUUUACAAGGUCAAGCAGUAUUUCGUACAAAAUUGUCAUUCCGUCCUCAUUCAACAGAAUCAUUCACUCAUCGUAAAAUUACUUUAUCUUUAGCCGACAGAUCACAAAAAUCUUCUGGCAUAAAAGUAUUAUCUCAAGUUGGAGCUGAUCCAGAUGCUAAUAGAUAUGAAAAAAUUAAAAGAGAAGAAGAAAAACUACGUCAAUCAAUGCGUAAAGAAACAAAAAUUAAAAGAGCUAGAGAACGUGGAGCAAAUAGUAAUAUCAGUUCUUCAUAUUUGGAACCUGAAAGAGAAGAUGGAUCUGAUGAUGAAAAUGCUAUAUCUCUAUCUGCUAUAAAAAACAAGUUUAAUAAAAAAUCUACAGCUAAAGUUGAAAAGAGCAAUAUUUAUUCAUCUGAGGAUGAUAGUUCUGACAUGGAUACAAAAAAGAAAAGACAAUCCAGAUUAGUUUCAGAUUCUGAAGAAGAUGAUUUGUAAUUUUAAUUAAAUUAGUAUUAUAUUAUGGUUUUAACUAAUUAACAUUCUGAUUUAUAUGUACAAGAAAAAAAAAUGUGUAAAUGCAUUAAAUUUUAAUAAAGUUAGAAACAAAACUUAUUGCUUUCACCAUUGUUGAAGUAUGUUUAUAUUCAAGACUUAAGAAAUAAAAUAACAUUUUUUUAAAAUAUUGAAAGAACCAAAAUU